CAGUAGGAAAAUCUCCUGACACCAUCACUAGGUCUUAUUACAACAAUCAUUGGACUAAUUGAACCUGGAAGCAUCAGAUUCAUCUUGAAUUCAAAUAAGUCAAGGAGUAACCAGUCUGGAAAGGAUUGACAUCCUUGCAGUCAGUCACCUGAUGAAGACCUUCAUGCUUUUGCUUUUCAUAGCCAGUUUCAGUGCCUGAGCAGGGAUUCACAGAAGAUUGUUGCCCAGGCACUUACACAGUCUUUGGUUCCAAACUGAUGAGCAAAAACAAUAAACAGGCCUGAACUUGUUAAACAUAUAUUCUUACUGGAAAAAAUAAAGAACACCAACAGGACACAUGGACCUUGUAAACCAGGUGAGGAGGUGAACUGUUCUCUAGAAGAAAAGAUUCAACAGAUCUGCUAGAGGCUCAAGGAAGAAGUUUUUGGUAGUGAGAACUUACUAAAUCAAAUCUAAAGCAAGAUGCAAAUGUUGAUUACAUGCAAGGACAUUCUAUGAGACCUGUAAAUCCUAUGUUAAGAGACAUUUUAGGAAACAUUAGUACAUGGCCUUGGGGCAAUCUGCCAGAGUAUAUAAAACGUGAACAAUAAACUGAGAUGACUCCAGCGCAGCUGCAUUCCUCCGUGGCCCACAGACGUGGUUAUUUUCCAGAUGCUGUCUUUGAGUCAACCUUACUUCUCAGGGACUCUCCUGAUACUGUUGGCGUCAAACUUCCUUCUGUGGAAGAAUGUGGCCUCUGUGCCCAUGCAUGCCAGUUGGGCUGAAUAUGGUGAGAUGUCUAUAUAUGACCUGCUUGAUCAUGCCACCAUACUAUCUCAUAAUGUCAGUGAGCUCACUGCAGAAAUGCACGGGAUAUUUAUGGAGGAUGUGCGAUAUAAACCAGGCAGGUGGUUCUCUGACAGAUACCUUACUGCCUGCCACACAUCUACAUUGACUAUUUCAGUGUCUAAGGAGGGAGCCCGACAGAUGCCGGGUGUAUUCCUUGUGAAAGAGAUGAUCAGUAUGCUGACAGCUUGGAGAUAUCCUCUGUAUCACAUAAUAACUGAACUGAGUUAUAUGGAGCAAGCCCCAGAUGAGAUCAUAUCAAGAGCCAGAAAUAUUGAAGAAAAAAUCAUAGUACUUAUAGAAGUUCUUAGAGGGAUACUCAGCAAGAUUCAACCUGAACCCCCAGAAAAUGAGCGAUAUCCCGUGUGGAAUGAACUGGCAUCCUUGCAGUCACCUGAUGAAGACCUUCGCCAUCUUACUUUGUUUAACUUAUUCCAGUGCUUGGUCAAGGAUUCACGUAAGAUUGACUCUAGUACCAGGCUUUUGAAGUGUAAACUUCUCUAUAACAGAGAUUGUUAAUCUCACAACCAUCCAAUUUACUUUUAGAGUGAUCUUUUUAAUCUAUCUUAUUUUAACCAAUUUAUAAUUUGUAACUUUGAAUGAAUGUUUUUGUGUGAAGAAUCCUUCAUUAGAAAUAAAAACGGACUCUUUAAACA